AAAUUCAGAGAACGGUUUCACGGUUCCACCACAACGUUGCCUAGUCUGAGGAGAGUCCACGGACCACUGCCCUCGUUUCCCUUCCCCCCCUCUUGUGGGCCGGUUCUCUCCACCGCCUUCAUCCAGAUCCACGCAUCCUUCCAUCCGCCGCAAUCCCGGCCUCGCCUUCCUCCCGAUCGCCGUCGUCCUCAUCUAGUCUGGACCGGACUCCCAAUUCCCAACUCCGCCCUGCACCGCUGCACGUGAGGAGGUAAGGCGAAUCGAUUCGCGUCUGUACUAGCUUGCGCGGCGCGCCCGUGCGACCGGCUGCGGCCCGCUGGCGUGCGGCACGGGACGCAUCCUCGCCGUGGCCCGUGGAGCUGCGGGAGGCCCCCGGUCCGGCAGGCGCAGGGAGAUUCGGAGGGGGAGGGAGACAGACAGGCAAUCAGGCCACACGCCACGCAGUGAUUCCUGUGCAGUUUGGUGAAGAUGACAAAUACAGAGAACUUGUUCAAGAUGGCAAAUGCAGACACAGAUACAGCUGCACUACACAAGGAAUGGGAUGAUGCUCUGUGCCCAAUAUGCAUGGACCAUCCGCAUAAUGCUGUCCUUCUGUUGUGCAGCUCCCAUGAUAAAGGAUGCCGAUCCUACAUAUGUGAUACAAGCUAUAGGCAUUCAAAUUGCCUAGACAGGUUCAAGAAAAUGAAAGUGAAUGAUGGGGAGAGUUCUUCACACCCAAGCUCAUCCGUGCCUGGGGGUACAAGAAACCAAAAUGCUGUCCAGAGAUCUCGUUUUGGUCUCACUAGAGAGAGCCCCAGGUUACUCAUAGACAUAUCUGAACCUAAUGAAGCUUCCAAUCGUCAAGAUGCCAUAGCUGGAGAACAGGAAGAAAAUAACUACAAUGAAGGCCCAGAUUUGACAUUGGAAGCUCAGGAGGUGACCAGUGGCCCUUUGGAGUCAAAUGACGUGUCGAGCUCAAACCAAUUGUUGUGCCCACUGUGCAGGGGCACCGUUAGUGGCUGGAAGAUCAUCAAAGAAGCCAGACAGUAUUUGGAUGAGAAACCGAGAGCUUGCUCACGGGAAGCCUGCACAUUUUCUGGUAAUUACAGGGAGAUUCGUAGACAUGCCAGAAGGGUGCAUCCCACAACAAGGCCUGCUGAUGUGGAUCCAUCAAGGCGCCGUGCGUGGCACCGCCUGGAGCAUCAACGGGAGUAUGGUGACAUAGUGAGUGCAAUCAGGUCCGCGAUGCCUGGGGCAGUUGUGUUUGGUGAUUAUGCUAUUGAAGGUGGUGAAAUGUUUUCACAUGACCGGGAAACCAGCGGCCCAAGUGAACCAAGUGGAUCUCUGCUGACAACAUUUUUUCUAUUUCAUAUGCUCAGCAGUAGUCCGAUUAGAUCAGGUGAUGAGCCAAGAGGUGCAUCAAGGGGCCUGAGAAGGCAGAGGCGACGUUAUCUGUGGGGAGAGAAUUUAUUAGGUCUCCAAUACGAUGAUGAUGAUGAGCAGGAGGAUGAGGAAGAGCACGACCUAGAUGAAGAGGUUCAGAGACCGAGGAGUCGCAGGAGGUUCAUAAGAUCAAGAUCAGAAGAGCGAGCAUAAUGCAUGUGUAGCUGUGGUAAUUACAUCCUUAACAGCUGUGAAGUUCUUUUACCAAGAACUCAUGAUGACACCUUGCAUGAUAUUUUCCAUGCCAGUGGAGAUGCGGGUGAUGUGCUUUGUCAUAUUGUUAAAAUGCUGUGCAUAUCCCUGCAAUCGAAGACCAAAAAGCGAGUGGACCUCAAGUUCAAGUUUGGAUUAGUCAAAUGGGUUCGGCACCAUCCAUGAGGCCCUCUUCAUUGUGACACUCAGGGAGAACAUUUAUUCUUAGGGCACAGCUGACAGCUCUAUCUCAUUAGAAGUGACCUGGAAGUUUGGUGUUUGGAGAUGCUCGCUCCAUCACAGCUGGAGCUGUUGCUGAUGCACCAUGUGUUGUUUAUUUUUCGUGUCACCUGCAUCUGUUCCGGUUGAUAUCCUUGUUCAACUGAAGUGAGCAGAGUCGCAUUUCCUGAAACGAUGGUUCACAUUAUGUGCAUACUUGUUACCAACCAUUUCAGACCACUGGCAGACUUUGUGUGCGUCUGUUCUUGUAAUUCAAAUGGUUGCCACCAUUGGCUUGUCAAUCCAAACCAUACGAAAGUUUGAUGGACGAGGA